CUAGAGCUCCAACGACAUCGAGGAAGAAGAUGCAGCUGACAGACAGAAGAUGGCAGCCACCAAAGCGCUGAGGGUCACCCCUCCUUGGCCAUUUGCGUCCCGGCUCCAAGUGUCUCUCCAAGAUGGCCUGUAACAGCACGUCCCUCGAUACUUACCAACACCUGCUGCUGAACGCCAGCAACGCGACGGACGCUGGGGCCACGGCCCUGCCCGCCCCGCUCAGGAUCACGCUGGCCGUGGUGAUGCUGCUCAUGAUCGUGGUCGGCUUCCUCGGCAACACCGUGGUCUGCGUCAUCGUGUACCAGAGGCCGGCCAUGCGCUCUGCCAUCAACCUGCUGCUGGCCACGCUGGCCUUCUCCGACAUCUUGCUGUCCGUAUGCUGCAUGCCCUUCACUGCCGUCACCCUCAUCACUGUCCGCUGGCACUUCGGGGACGGCUUCUGCCGCCUCUCGGCCACUCUCUACUGGUUUUUUGUCCUGGAGGGCGUGGCCAUCCUGCUCAUCAUCAGCGUGGACCGCUUUCUCAUCAUCGUGCAGCGCCAGGACAAGCUGAACCCGCGGAGGGCCAAGGUGAUCAUCGCCGUCUCCUGGGUGCUGUCCUUCUGCGUCUCGGUCCCCUCGCUCUUGGGCCCGACGUUCGUGGAGGUGCCCGCGCGGGCUCCCCAGUGCGUGCUGGGCUACACCGAGUUCCCCGCCGCCCGCGCCUACGUGGUGACUCUGGUGGCGGCCGUGUUCUUCGUGCCCUUCAGCGUCAUGCUGUGCGCCUACACGUGCAUCCUCAACACGGUGCGCAAGAACGCCGUGCGCGUGCACAACCAGUCCGACAGCCUGGACCUGCGGCAGCUGUCCCGCGCCGGCCGGCGGCGGCUGCAGCGCCAGCACCAGGUCAGCGUGGACCUGAGCUUCAAGACCAAGGCCUUCACCACCAUCCUCAUCCUCUUCGUGGGCUUCUCCCUCUGCUGGCUGCCCUACUCGGUCUACAGCCUCUUGUCUGUGUUCAGCUGGCGCUUCUACUACGGCUCCUCCUACUACGCCACCAGCACCUGCGUUCUGUGGCUCAGUUACCUCAAGUCCGUCUUCAACCCCAUCGUCUACUGCUGGAGAAUCAAAAAAUUCCGUGAGGCCUGCAUAGAGCUGCUGCCCCAAACCUUCCAGAUCCUUCCCAAAGUGCCUGAGCGGAUCCGGAGGAGAAUCCGGCCGAGCACAGUCUAUGUGUGCAACGAGAACCAGUCUGCUGUCUAGGGAGGGCCGG